AUGGCACAAGACCAAUCUAGUUCUGUCAAUGUUUGGGUCGAUAGUGGCCCGCCUGACUACGUUACCAGACUUAUUGCUGGUUCCUUGGUUUCAACAUCAAUCAAUGGUGAUGACAGCCCUCGAGUGUUUAUAUACUGGACUAGUUAUGUUAAUGCUUGUUCUUGUGUCAACUUGCGGGAUUACAUAACAAAAAAUUGGUGGCUUGUGAUGACAGACAAAAACAUUAGCGUAGGGUAUUGGCCAAGGGAACUAGUUCCUAGUUUGGAAAAUGGGGCUGGAGAUGUGGGGUGGGGAGGAAAUGCCAUGGCUCCAGAGAACGAAGAUGGGCCCCCGAUGGGGAGUGGCCAAUACCCAGAUGGCACGUACGCACAUGUUGGGUACUUCCGAAACCUGCAUUUCAUGAAGGGUUGGAUGGAACCAAGAGCACCAAGAGAUGACGAUCCUGUGUGGGAGUAUAAGCUGUUAUGGCUUGCAAAAUGA